AAGGGAACUGAUAUUUACAGAAUCUAAUGUCUUGGCCUCACCAUCACUACAAGAUGAAGGCUGCAUUUAUGUGAUCAUCACUUCUGAGUUCUGGCAAUCAGGCAAGCUCCAAGAAAGAUGUCAGAAGAUGAACUUACAGGUAGGUAAUCCUAUCCGGGUGAUUCCAGCAGUGUUUCAAGCCUGCUUCACAUAUACAAUUAAGGCUAAGCUGGCUCCUUUGUGGAACAAAGUUGGAGAGUAUUACAUCCAGGGCAGGGAUUUCAUCACCAGUACUGGAAUACUUGGUGCUAUCAACCUUGAAACAAAUGUAACAGAUGAUGAAAUAUGCUUUGCAGUUAAGCCUCUAACUGUCAAGAUGCCGCAUUGCACAUAUGAAGAAAGGGAAAGUAGUCAGUCUCAUGCAUCAUAUACCAGCCUCCAGUCCAUUCAAAUCAUAUGCUGAUCUAAGGAAGUACUGGAAAAACAAUUAUGGCUAUAGAUUACCAGAGAAUGGAGAGGGAAUAGUCUACAUCAACAUCUACUUUCCUGCAAUACCACAUACCAUAUUCACUUACCCAGAAUUCUGUAUCAGGAAGAUUGAGCCAAGGCCAGUACCUAGAGUGGAUUCUACCCCAGUCCUACAGGCGUUCUUGACAGAUAUAAAAAAGAAGAUGCCACACAUGUGUCAGACCCCUUUAGAAGUUACAAGGAAGCCUCAAUACACAGCAGUCACUAUGAACUCGGCCAAGGGUUAUAUUGAGUCCAAGGGCCAUUCAAGCAUGACUCUUAUCGAUAGGAAGUAUAAUGUACCGCAGAGAAUCCCUGCUCGUAUUCUAGUAACUGUCAGUGAGAACAGGGGUCAACCAUUCAACGCACAGCCGCAGGUAUCUCCUUAUAGACCACUGACUGGACAACCAGCAAACAUCAAAUGCAUCUCAGGCUAUGUCCUAAAGAUGCCAGAGACUAUGUCCCCUGUCAUACCGGCCCUUCCACCAAGUCAGUUUGGAUACCCACAUGAUGGGACUUUAUCUCAAGAUGGCCGGCAGAACGCUUGUAAAGAAUCUAGUCCACAGUGUCCAUUGCCAUAUGGGAGCAACACAAAAGUGACUCCUUCAAGACAUCAGCAUAAUCAUCAGAGUCCCAGGCAGUCACCAUAUGCUGCCAUAAGCAAUCACUCCAUGUCAGUGCAGGGUUCUCCUAGUCAUCAAGGUUUAUUCUGUACUCCUACACAUCCUUACACAUCACCAGCAAACAGUGGAAUAUAUCACUUGAGUCAAAAUGUGACCCCAGUUACAAGAAUGGUUGCUCCUGGAAAGAAAGAACCACAGUCAGCUCCAAAGUCAGCUAGAAAUUUAAACCACACUAUAUUCUCUUUGGCUGCUGAGCUUCGGAACCAGUCGGAGCAGGAUACCAACAGCUCUCCUCAUCAUGCCUGUAUGCCGGCUUAUCGGAAGGAAGGAGGCAAGCGUUUUGGUGCUGCAGGACAAUCAAGAAACUUACCACCACCUCUGUUACAGCAGAUGCCAAAACUCCCCCAGAAUGUGGAAAAUAUCCAGUCAGGGAUUGUUCCAAGAUUUUUGAGAAGGGAAGAAUCUGAAGUGGCUCAUCCUCCUGCUGCACCAAGGCCUCUUGUGCCAAUUUUCAACCCCAAACCAUCUCGCUCAUCUCUGCUGGAUAAUGCAAGCCGGUAUCAAACACCACAAGGACCAAAGAUCAAGCCUUCAUUCACCCCUCACAAACUAAGAUCAGUGACACCAUCUGCAUUCCUGUCCAGAGCCUCAACCACACCCACCCACAAACCUUUAACCAAUCUGUCAACCAUUGAUCUGAUACCCUGUGAAGACAUCAUCCCUCCAACGCAGCAUGUUCCAAAGCAACAACCAUUCCCUUCCAGCUCAACCAGCAGUCAUCAACCUGCUGCAAGACAGGCACUUCAUUUUGGACCAAGUAACACAUCUUCAUCCAAAGAAAUGUCCACACCCAAUCAUCCUCUGUUAACUGCUAGCUCAAACAAACAUGCCAAGAAAAGGAAAGCUAAGGAUUAUGAAGAUGCUGUAGAUGCCAAGAAGUCCAAGCCACGUACCAAACCAAAGGUUCAAGAGAACAUUAACGUUCAACUGAUGGCUCAAAAUGAUCAGCUUUCCAAGGUCAACAGCAUCACACUUGUAGCCUGGUUAAAGGAGAAAGGUAUUAAUGUUUCAUCAAAAGAUAAAAAAACAGACCUGAUGACAAAAGUCAUGUCAUUCAUCAACUGCACUGCCAAAGAAACUUGAAUGAGACUCAUUCUCACAAACUUAAAGGGAUGGAUGACACAUUGUCAUCAAAGUUCAGUUAUAUAAGAUUUUGUGAUUUUUUUUUUUUUUUGAGAUUUUUUUGUGAAAACUUUUCAAUUAAUCUUGAACAGGGGUAUGCCUGACUGUUUGUGCAAAGAUUUUGCAAGUGGACUAUGCAGAUUUUUGUGCAUACUUAUGCUUAUUUUAUCGUGUAGUAUGUGUACACUUGAAAAAAUUCAAUUAAAUGGGCACUUUUAAUUGGCAAAGGGCGCUAAAAGGGAAGUGCGAUAAUACAAGAAAUUUGCAUAAUCCAUGGUUUUGUACCACGGUACAAGUGAAUCCUAAUUUGAGAAUAUAGGAUUUUCAGUAUUAUAUUCUAGAUCUUUCCAAUUUUGCAUUCUUGGAAAUUGUGCAAGAGUCAUGAAACUUUAAAUGUUGAGUUAGUGUUUAUUGAUUAUCUUACUAUUUGAUGUAAAAGAGCCUUCUUUUUGAUAAAAUUAAAGAUAAUCAUUAAAUUAACAAUAAAGGUAAUGAUUGCUAUUAAAGGGAAGUUCACCCUGAC